AUGGCAACAGUGGCAGCGUGGCGAUCGGCGCUGGUUCCAGCUCAGCUGGAAGUGGUGGACGAUGGCGCCGGUGGGUCAGUGAGCGUCCAGUCGGGCGCUUCGGCUGGCGGUGCCACUGGCGAAGUUUCGAUCUCUUCCGCGUCUAGCUCGGGCUCCAAGGCGCGCGGAAGCGGGAACGUGACGCUGACAACUGGCGAUGCGGAUACGAGUGUAGGACUGACGUCCAUUUCGGGAGGUUUUUCAUCGACUGGAAGUGGCGGCAGUGUGCUUGUUGGCGCGGGCGACAGCUCGAAGGCCGCUGGUGGGAGCGUGAGCAUCGUGUCGGGCACGUCCGUUGUGGGCGACUCAGGCAAAGUGGGCUUGCGCUCUGCUGCGGUGUCAUCAUCUGCGAGCAGUGGAGCCGUCCAGAUCGAAUCGGGUAGCUCCUCGAGCGGUCUGUCGGGCGAUGUGCUCAUCAGCAGUGGUGCUUCCGCGUCUUCCGCCUCAGUCGGGUCCGUGCGUGUGGCAGGCGGCGCAUCGAACUCCGCUAGCGGUGUCGGCGGUGCUGUCGCCAUGACAGGUGGAUCUUCCAGCACUGGAGGGGACAUCGGUGUGAGUGGUGGCACUGGUUCGUCGAAGGGCGGUUCGGUCAAUGUGCUUGCUGGGGCAUCGGGAUCCGGCGGCACCGGUGGUGCGAUCACAGUGUCGACGAGUGUUUCGGAUGCUAUGCGCAGCGCUGGUCCGGUGAGCAUCGCCUCUGGGCGCGGAUCACUUGGUGCGGUCGACAUUUCCUCUGGCGUCUCCGGAGGUGCUGCGAGCGACGUAUCUGCUGCAGUUUCUCUCCGGUCGGCCUCCACCAGUACGGGUCCAAGCGGCGCGAUCACUAUUGGUACAGGGUCAUCAGCUUCAUCGGUCUCUGGUGGUGUGAACAUCGUUUCGGGAGACAGCAGUGUCUCGACAGGUGGUGUACGGCUGUCUGCGGGCGCUGGUACUGGCGUGACUGGCGGGUCUGUGCAGCUAUUCUCCGGGAACAGCAGCUCAAGUGUAGGAGGGCGUGUCGACAUUCUGUCUGGAGGAGGCGCAACGUCUGGCACAGUUGCGAUCUCUUCUCGCAACUCCAGCGCAGGUGGCUACAGCGGUCGUGUCGAUGUUGCGUCUGGCGGAGGCAGCCAGGGAUCGAGCGGCAUCGUGUCCUUAUCGUCCGGUGCCGCGCGCGACGUGGUUGGCGACGUCAUUGUUUCAGGCGGGCGGUCAAGCGUUGGUCGUGGCGGAUCCAUGUAUCUGCAGUCCGGGGCGAGCGAUGGUCUAUCCAGCGGGAGCGUCGGCAUUGUGUCUGGCGCUAGCGCCGGCAGCGUGAGUUCUGGUCCGGUGACGCUUGCGUCCGGCAUGACGGCCGCAGCAGCAUCGGGUCCGGUGACGGUAGCGACUGGCGACUCGAGUGCAACAGCUGGGAAUGUGAGCGUGUCUGGGGGUAGGGGUGGUAUCACUGGCAGCAAUUUGACCAUUGCGGCUGGAUGGAGCGGCUCCCAAGUUGGGGGAAAUGUGAAUGUUUCCGCGGGCGGCAGCUCCAAUGCCGAUGGAGGUGGUGUGGUCAUUAGCGGUGGAUGGAGUAUGAGCCAAGUCUCAGGUGGAGUGGAGCAGCAGACGCAGUCAGCUCGAGCUUCUGGUGCGAUUAAAUCUACGACGGGCACCUCGACUCUAAACAGCGGCGGGGUAAUGCUCAGUACAGGAUCAUCAACGGAUGGAAGUAGUGGUGACAUCGGGCUUCAAACUGGCCGAAGCUCCAAGGACGGUGGAAACAUAUUCGUUGCGGGGGGAAGUAGCCGAAGUGGUGUUGGCGGCGACUUGAACUUUACCUCUGGUGGUACUGACGCUAAAAGCAGCUCUAGUGGCAAUGUGGAUAUUGCUAGUGCUGCAACGGCUACAGCGGCUCGACGGGCUCUGCAACGAUAG